AUGGUGGCACAGUCUGCUUUAGUGUCAUGCACUGUUUUAUACUUAAAAUUCUUUUCUUUCCACCCCUCUUUUCAUUUUUUCAAAAGGUGUCCAAGCAACGUAGACACCCACAACCUAACCCCAGUCACUGAGUUCCAUCUCCUGGGCCUCUCAGAUGACCCUGAACUCCAGUCUGUCCUCUUUGGGCUGUUCCUAUCUAUGUACUUGAUCACCGUGCUGGGAAAUCUGCUCAUCAUCCUGGCUGUCAGCUCUGACUCUCACCUCCACACCCCCAUGUACUUCUUCCUCUCCAUCCUCUCCUUGGCUGACAUUGGCUUCACCUCCACCACCAUCCCCAAGAUGCUGUCAGACAUCCACACUCACAGCAGGGCUGUCUCUUAUAGCAGGUGUCUGACUCAGAUGUCCUUUUUUAUGCUUUUUGGUUGUUUGGACAGUCUGCUUCUGACCGUGAUGGCUUAUGACCGCUUUGUGGCCAUCUGUCACCCUCUGCAUUACAAGAUCAUCAUGGACUCUCGACGUUGUGGCUCACUGGUUGCAGGGUCUGUUCUCAUCAGCCUGUUGGUGUCCCAGUUGCAUACUUCCAUGGUCUUACAGCUCAUGUACUUCACGAGUGUGUCCAUUUCUCAUUUCUUCUGUGACCCUUCCCAGAUCCUCAGCCUCACCUGCUCUGACCCCUUCACCGAUGACCUUGUCAUGUAUUUUGUGGGUGCCUUGUCUGGUUUCCUUCCUAUUUUGGGAAUCCUUUUUUCCUACUCUAGAAUCGUUUCUUCCAUACUCAGUGUGUCGUCGCCAGGUGGGAGGUAUAAAGCUUUCUCCACCUGUGGGUCUCACCUGUGCAUGGUGUGCUUGUUUUACGGCACAGGACUGGGGGUGUAUCUCAGUUCGGCGGUGUCAGUGUCUCCUAGGAGAGGGGCAGUGGCCUCGAUCGCAUAUACAGUGGUCACUCCCAUGCUCAACCCAUUCAUCUACAGCCUCAGAAACAGGGACAUCAAGUGCGCCAUGGGAAGACUGCUGAGGAAAGUCUAA